AUGCUGGCAGUUGUGUUGUGCCUCUUCAUCAUCAGUCCUGCUUUGGCAUGGAUUCCACUGGAGGACUGGGACUCUGGUAAUGUGACCACGUCAGUAGGUGAGUCCGGUCAGUGCCUUUGUCAUGUGUUUCUACCUGACACCUCCUUCCCAGCCGACCGGGUUGAGCACAUGCAGCAAGUCAGCAAGGAUAUGAUCUUAGAAGUGAAAAUCCAAAUGAACAAGAUGGUGAGCUAUGAGGCUAAGCUGAACGUAUAUUUGAAAGAACUGUCAGAUCUGAAUGUGAGAGUGGCCAUGCUGGAAACCAGUCCUGACAAAUACAUCAAACUGGACUUUGAGCUGCUUAGAAUCGAGCUCAGAGAGUUUGAGGCUCUGGUAACUCAGCUCAGAGAGUCUCUUAACUCCUCAUCACCCAUAUUCGACAGCCUAUAUACUGAGAUCCGUAACAUGACGCUUAUUGUGAAUCAACUGGAGACUUAUGACAAGAGCAACCUGGAUGUGAUCCGCAUUGAGUUUGCUAAACUGCAGAAGAAGCUGAAGGACUGCCAGGAGGAUCAAGAGUUCAUCCAACCAGAUAUUGGCAAUUGCAAUCACACAGGAAUCCUGAAAAUCAGCAAGCCCAUGGUUGUCCAGUUGAACGCUCAUUUGAAUUCAGGUUACCAAUACGGGGGCUGGGGCAAAGACUCCAAACCUAUUCGAGGCUAUGAAUCAAUGUACUACUAUGGUGGAUACUCUGGUGCCCAUGUUUAUGACUUCUACUUGUACUCUAACUAUGAUAAACUGAUUCUUAGGUCAGAAUUCAAACGCCAUCACAUACCAAGUGCAUAUGUCGGUACUGGUAACAAUUACAUUGUUCACGGUAACAGCAUUUACUACCAGCAUGAUGUGGGUAUGUGCAAACUGAACCUGACCAGUUCCAGAUAUGACUUUAGAGCAGUUUCAGAUGCUAGUGGAAGCUUCUCAUACAGUUAUUCACCCAAUCAAAACCUUGAUUUUGCAGCUGAUGAGAAUGGGUUGUGGGUAUUGUAUGCCUCAGAUGAGAGCAGGGGUAAAAUGAUCAUCGCUAAAGUAGAUGAGAAAUCUUUCGGCAUUGAGGAUAAGUGGAACACAGGUGUGUACAAGCAGCUGGUUGGAAAUGCUUUCAUGGCCUGUGGGAUCAUGUAUGCCACCAGGCCAGUGGAUCUGAAUACAGAGGAGAUCUUCUAUGCCUUUGACACCAAAACUGGGGAGGAGAAACAGCUCAGCAUCACUUUCCCAAAGUUCCAGGAGCGAUACACCAAUCUGGACUACAACCCCAUGGAUCAGAAGCUUUACAUGUACAACAAUGGCUACUAUGUGUCCUACAAUGUGAGGUUUAACAGGGGAUGAUUCCUCCCCUUGAAAUCUGAUAUAACGUAUUGUAAUUGAUACUACAGCUCUGUAUUUACUCCUCUUUCUAUAAAGC